AUGCAAAGUUUAAUCCUCUCGAAGGAGACUUGUCAGAGGAUAUAAAUCGAUAUAUCGAAGUCAUAGAACGAAAUGGACGACCAACGAACGCUGCUUGGAGGACCAGAUGCCCAGGACCGAGAUCCUGGAAAUCACAACGACUUCCUUAAGGUAAUAUUUUUAUCUCUUAAAGGCAUUCUAUUUUCGAUUAGAAUUGCCAAGUGACUAGGGACACGGAAAUAAAUAUAGCCUGUCUGACUCGCAGCCACUCAGGGACACGGUCUAACACAGGCUAAAUUCUCGGCAGAAAGCAAGUUUCUGGAUUUAUACCUUCUUGGAUUCGAAUAUUGUGAAAAGAUUACAAACGCAUUCUUCUUUUAUCAUGGGAAACUUAUGUUUGUGAUCUUGAGAAUAGCGUGGGGGGAGGGGGGGGGAGGGAGGGGAUGGACGGGGAAAACAGGAACGGCAAACCUUUGUGUGACAAGCGUGACAAUAAUUUUGUUUAAUUUAACUUUCCGCCAAACUUCCACUUUCCUGUAGACAGAUAUUUUGUAAAAGACCAGAAGAGACUAAUGGUAAAUGAUGAUCAAGACAAAACUUGAAAGUAAAAGCCCUGUCACGUUUGUCAAACGAUCCUCCAAUUUCGCAGCAUUUCUAGGAAUCAUCUUGACAGCGUCCUAUUUACGCUGGAUGACGUAGUCAGCCAGCGUCAUAAAUUCGAUAGCGCAUUCCUUUCGUAUUUUUCUUUGGAGUCAAAAUCACGUGCCCGUCCCGAAAAGUUGUGUGAUUUUUAUUGGCAGCAACUUCGAAUCACGUGCAAGUCAGGUUGGAUUGCACAAGCAGAAAAAAGAUACUGCGUCAGCAAAGAAGGAAAAAGUAAGGUUACUGCAUAGAGGAGGACAAAGUCAAGAAUGUGCUCUAACUUAGGCCGCCCGGCGCCCAGUCGGCGACUAAGACUUGACCUCCAGCGACUGAAAAUAUUGCCUAGGUCACCCAGCCGGGCGACAUGCUGGUGUUGGUUUCUUGAUUUAAAGUAAAAAAGCUGGAAUUUGUUACUUGCGACUUCGUAGCUCGCUCGGCCGCUCGGCGGCCUAAAAAAUAACAUUCCGCUCGCUAAGAAACCCUUGAGGUCAACUUGUAUGUAGCAUGUCUAUCAAAAAGCUUUUUAAAAGAAAACGUUUUUACAUGUAAAUGGGGCACCGGGCGUGCGCUGUAUUCUCGGUUUUCACUCACGUGAGAAGGAAGAAAUAAAAAUGGAAACCUUUUAAUACAGAAAGUCUAGAAUCUGGGGGAUGAAAGAACAUAAAUAUACAAAACGCCUUGCCACGAAUCAGGUCUAUGCGACAGUUCAUAUGCGAGAAAUUCGGAAAAACGUUUCACCCAAAUUUAUGAAGCUUUGUAUGGAGACGACAUGUUUGUGUCCCAGGUUCCCAGAUUUUAAGGUGCUCUAAUAUCGCAUGAAAGUAGAAACUCAGAACAAGCGAUAGUUUCUUAUUUUGGUGACGUCAUGUGAAAACCAAGAAUUCAAAGAUAGUGCCACUUGAAUUCACAUGUAACAUAAUCCUUGACGUGACAAGCUGCAGAUUUUCGAUUUUAACAGCUUUUCAAAAUUUCUUUAGGAUGGUUCAUUAGUUAGUUUUUCAAAAGAAAUUGUUACUUCUGCUCUGACAGGCGUAAAGUACGGUGGGCGACGCCAAACAAACGUUUUGUAUUUUAAAACAUCUCUGAAUAAACACUUGAGUCGCCUCAGUUUAUUAUGAUAAUUAAAUAUUUUUACUUUUUUUUUGUUGCUGUGUCUGCGAGACUAAAACAUAACUUUUUUAUUCCUCGACCAGUAAAAUACGAUGUAUAAAAAAAGAAAAGAUACGAGUAUUAUUGUGAUUGUUUUAGAAAAAGCUACGCAAAUACGCAAACACAGAAUCCACUAAAAGCUCAUUUGUCCUGAACAUUUCACCUAAAAUAUAAAACGACGAAUUUCCAACAAGAUGAUGUGUUCAAAAGGGAUAAUAGUUUUGGGACGGGCGCGGUUUCGUUAAAAUUCACUGCAGCUUUCCGGAAAAGCUUCACGGGAUCUCAGUCAUUUAUCUUAAGCGGAUUUUCUUUUCAACUUAAAUGAUUAGUAAAAAGAUUAUUUAUAAUGUCCUUAUUUUCGACGCAAACAUUUUUAUGAAAAUUGCAUAAACAGACCACAAUCUAUAUUCUUACUCACCGUCGAAAACAACAAAAAAAACAAUUAUAUUAUAUAUUCUUAUUUUUUUAGUUUUAUUCUUUCGUUCACUUCUUCAUCGCCUUGCCGUAAGGAUCAGUUUGCCGUAUCAUAUUUUUCGACAAGUUUAAUUGUACUGAUCCGGGUCUACAACUGGGAGAUCCGGCACCACUCAUUGGUUUGUUGUUGUGGACUUGCUGACAUUUUAUUUACUUACUGUCCCCUGUGUCGUUUCUGUCCCUUGUGUCCCCUUUGUCCCCUUUGUCCCUUGUGUCCCCUGAGUUCCCUGUGUCCCCUGUGUCCCCUUUUCCCUUGUGUCCUGUGUCCCCUGUGUCCCCUUUGUCCCUUGUGUCCCCUUUGUCCCUUGUGUCCCCUUUGUCCCCUUUGUCCCCUGUGUCCCCUUUGUCCCUUGUGUCCCCUUUGUCCCCUUUGCCCCCUUUGUCCUUUAUGUCUCCUGUGUCCCCUGUGUUCCUUUGUCCCCUGUGUACCAAUUGUCCCCUGUGUCCCUUGUGUCCCCUUUGUCCCCUGUGUCCCCUUUGUCCCUUGUGUCCCCUGUGUCCCUUAUGUCCUUUGUGUCCCCGUUGUGCCCUUUGUCCCCUGUGUACCCUUGUGUCCCUUGUGUCCCCUUGUGUCCCUUUUGUCCCCUGUUACCCUUGUGUCCCCAUUGUCCCUUGUGUCCCCUGUGUCCCCUGUGUCCCUUGUGCCCCUUGUGUCCCCGUUGUCCCCUAUGUCUCCUGUGUCCCUUGUGUCCCCUGUGUCCUUUUGUGUCCCCUUUUGUCCCUUGUGUCCCCUGUGUUCCCUGUGUCCCCUGUGUCCCUUGUGUGUCCGCAUGCUCAGGAGGUUAAAGGAUUUUUUUUAAAGAAAAUAAAAAAUCAAAAAAACCAAGUUUUGCUAGAAAAUAAUUUGUUUUAUUUUUAAUAAUCAACUAACACCUCACUGAUUUAUCAAUCUGGGUGACCAACGUGGAGGCCUGGGCACCCCAGCUAAAAUGCCUGAAAGCCCGAAGGGCUCCCUGAAAAUUUUCCUUAGAGCACAGCCUUGCGCCCUGUUAUUGGAAGUCUGAUACAUUACAUGCUAUCGUUGAAUGUGGAAGUGCAUUUAUUGAGGAUAUUACUAUGCCCUAAUGCAAAUUUUAGCGAACUUUCCCAUUCUCUUAACAUAUAUGGUAGUCAUAUUGAUGAAAGUUUUGUUUUAAGGAGCAAAGGAACCCUUGUGUGUAACUCAUCUUCUAGUGUAUUUAACAGAACAUCUCCGUCUCUCCUGCACACAUUUGUUGUUGAUACACUGCUCAACUUUCCAAAGCCAUUCAACUUAAUUCUUACUUACAUCACCACAUCCUGCUUAAACGCCUUUAGGCGUCUUCUUGUUUCUUUUAGCAUACCGGGACUGCCUUUGACCCACUGUCACUGACCACUCGUUAGUGGUCUUACAUUAUUUUGUUACAUAGGUGGUGCUGUAUAAGGUGCUGGGUGGGAGGGCGGGUGGGGUAUUUCUUCACUGUAGUACCUCCGCAUGGAGGUUCUGUUAUAUAACAUAAGUCUACUUGUCACUGAUAUCAAUACACAAGAAAAAGAAGCAAACAAGAGGAUAGCCUGGAGCAAGCUCUCCGGGGUGCUCUGGCGGCGGGGCGGGAAAAGGAAGGAGAGCUUGCAACUACGUCUCUGGGAUUUGAAUUCCACCUCCAACUCCCCUGUGGCUCCCGGUCGACUGAGCAGUGAGAUUUCCGGCAAGCAGCACGAAGCGGAAUCGAGCGCGAAUCUAAACAAGCAUUGCAAAACAAGUGCCAAGGGUAAUGACGUCAUUACAAAUGUCAUCUCCGCCAAUCAGCAUUUCGCAUCGACUUUUUCAAAUCAGAUAUUCAAAUUCCAGAGACGCAGUUGCAAGCUCUCCUUCCUUUUCCCGCCUCGCCGCCAGAGCGCCUCAGAGAGCUUGCUCGCAGGCUAACAAGAGGAACUUAAAAUUCUGAACCCUACACCAGAAACAAUGAAAAAUUAAAUAUUUCAUAAACGAUUACGUCAAAUCCUGGUUAUAAGCCCUGAGCUUUUCCAAUUAUGCAAUUUCGGGUAGGCUCUCAAGUUGUGGGGGGCUUAUAUUUGAGAUAAAAAAAAAAAAAUAAUAAUAAUAAUAAUAAUAGUAAUGAAGAUAAUAAUAGUAGAAUAAAAACAAACAAACACAUACACAAACAAACAAAAACAAUAAAAAAGCAACAAGAACGUUCGACACAAGCUGCUAAUGAAACUUUCUUUAUUUCACUACAAGAAAAAUUCAAACCUCUCCCUUAAGAUAUAAGAAAAAUCAACCUCGUUUCCAGGGUCAUCUUCUACUACUCCCCUCCUCUCCUAGGUUGUAAGAAAGAUAUGAAUGCAUAUCAUGGAUAGGCCUAUGUGGAGACGAAAGUUAUAACCAAGAGGGAGGGUUGGGGGAGCCUCAAACAGGUAUUCAAUAAUUACUUCACAUGGUUUUUCUCUCGUAGGUCAGUUACACAGAUGUCAUUUGCGAGCCGCCGUCUGUUCGCAGUCCAGAGUGUUCGUACCACUUCACCAAAAAGAUUUUUGACUACUCCUCCUCCGUAACCUAUGAUAUUCUGACGCUUACACUGGGUGGUUUAUUGUCCCUCGCCUAUGGUCUGUUUUUUGGACUUCUGAGCUUUGUGUUUGUUUGGUUUGUUACACCUUUUACCCGCAUGUGGCUCCUUCCAUUGGGGUGGUUUGCGAAAAUUUGGUGGUUCAUUGUGAAGUGCUUCUACGAUCCACUGUACCUGUCAUGUGGAAGGAUUUUCUCCAACAUAAAUAUUAACUUUCGCAAAGCUGCAAUUCAAAACGUGUAAUUGCUGGCCUUUUUACAGGGCGAGUUUUAUUCAAACUCAGUACAGGACUUUUAAAUAGUCAAUAGGAAAAGUUUUAUCCAGCCUUCACUAAGAUUUAUCGUUUGUAACUGAUUUGUUAGUGGUAAUAAAGACCUUGUUUGUUCCCGGAUCAAAAAAUACUGAAAAUGAUUUCCAUUUUACUUAAUUCAUUAACUUUGGUAUUUUCAUGUAAAGUUUUAGCGAGAUAAGAUUCUGUCGAAUGAUUAAACCCAGCAAGAUAUAUUUGUCCAUUUUAAUUUGAACCUAAGUUGGUUAAUUAUCUUAUGCAUAUCUUACAGACGUCAUACUUAGCAAAACAAAAGGUUUACAAAACAAGUAUUAUUUUUACCAAAAGGUUUAAAAGUGUCAAUAAAAGUUUCAAAACGUGUU